AUGUCGAUUCUGCAGAAAAGCAUUUUGUACAGCCUCCUACUUCUCCAAUGUGCUCUGAGCACAGUAGCAACCCAGGAUGACCUCCGCCACGUCAAUCCCCUGAUCGGGUCAACCAAUGGCGGCAAUGUCUUCGCAGGCGCAAGCCUCCCCUAUGGCAUGGCAAAGCCUGUCGCCGACGUCGAUGGUCAGAAUACUGGAGGUUUCUCGACUGAUGGGAGCAAUGUCACCGGCUUCUCGCAUAUGCAUGAUAGUGGCACAGGCGGGAACCCAUCUAUGGGAAAUUUCCCUCUGUUCCCACAGUACUGCAAAGACAAUGUUGUGGAUAACUGCAAGUUCCCUAAAGCUGCUCGUGCGGUCCACUACAAGAAUGACUCUGUAGUUGCGCAGCCUGGCUACUUUGCCUUGACACUCGAGAAUGGCAUCAAGGCAGAGAUGACUGCGGCGCGGCGCACGGCGUUGUACCGUUUCACUUUCCCAAAUGGAAGGACGGCGGAUGGAAAUGAUCUGAACCCGGUGAUCUCGGUGGAUCUAACUGAUCUGUGGGAUAGUCGACAGAAUGCUUCCAUUAGCCUUGAUGCUGAUAAAGCUCGAAUCAAAGGCAACGGUACUUUUUUGCCGAGCUUCGGGGCUGGCUCAUACAAAUCAUAUUUCUGUGCUGAUUUCGGCGACACUAUCGAUGUCGAUGACAGCGGAAUAUGGGUCAAUGACCGAGCUGGAUCAGUGCAAGAGUUGUUUGUCACCCGCGGCUUCAACAACUUCUACCUUCAAGCCGGAGGCUAUAUGGCCUUUGAUCGUCCAGACAAUGGAAUAGUGACUGUGAGGGUGGGUGUCAGCUUUAUCAGCUCGGAUCAAGCUUGCAAAAAUGCCGAAACGGAAGUGCCUAAGCCGGAAAGUGCCUUUGAUAAUCUGCGCGAAAGUGCAGAGGCUGCAUGGAAGGAGAAGCUCAGUCCGAUCAAGGUCACGCCGGGUGGUGCCAGCGAUGACAUGGUCCACAGUUUCUGGAGUGGUAUAUACCGAACCAUGUUAUCACCUCAAGAUUUGACUGGAGAGAAUCCACUGUGGAAAAGUGAUGAGCCAUACUUUGACUCUUUCUACUGCCUGUGGGACGCUUUCAGGUCGCAGCAUCCGUUCCUCACAAUCAUUGACCCAAAGGCACAGUCAAAAAUGGUCCGCAGCUUGCUGGACACCUUCAAGCACGAAGGAUGGCUGCCCGAUUGCCGCAUGAGUCUCUGCAAAGGCUGGACACAGGGAGGUUCCAAUGCCGAUAUCGUUCUCGCAGAUGCCUACGUGAAGAACCUGACCGGUAUCGACUGGGAACUUGCCUAUAAGGCUAUGAUCAACGAUGCAGAGAACGAGCCACUCGAAUGGUCAUAUGAAGGGCGAGGUGGUUUGCAGAGCUGGAAACACCUCAACUACAUCCCAUAUCUAGACUUUGACUAUAUUGGCUUUGGAACCAAUUCACGGAGCAUCUCGCGAACGGUGGAGUACGCAUACAAUGACUAUGCCCUAUCAGUCGUAGGCAAGGGCCUCGGCAAAAAGGAUUACACCACAUAUUUGUCUCGGUCUGGCAACUGGCAAAACCUAUACAAAGAAGACCAAAAAUCACUGCUUGAGAAUGGAACAGAUACUGGCUUUACUGGGUUCUUUCAGCCAAAGUACAUCAACGGAACUUGGGGCUAUCAGGAUCCUAUUGCCUGCAGUGCUCUGGCGUCGUGGUGCUCUCUCACCUCGAACCCUUCAGAGACAUUCGAGUCCAGCAUCUGGGAGUAUCUCUUCUUCGUCCCUCAUGACAUGGCAAAUUUGAUCAAGAUGGUCGGCGGCCCAAAGUCCUUCGUGUCUCGUUUGGACUAUUUCCACACCUCUGGCUUAGCAGACAUGGGCAAUGAACCUGUCUUCUUGACCGUGUACGAUUAUCACUACGCCGGACGCCCUGGUCUGUCCGCCAGUCGAGCCCACGCUUACAUUCCAUCAUCUUUCAACGGCACACACAACGGCCUACCUGGCAACGACGACUCGGGCGCCAUGGGCUCAUUCCUGGCAUGGAGCUUAAUGGGUCUUUUCCCGAAUCCCGGUCAGAAUGUGUACCUGAUUAUUCCUCCGUUCUUUGAAGCUGUCGCAAUCACUCACCCUGAAACCAACCAAACUGCUACCAUUCGGAAUGUCAACUUCGACAAAAGCUACAAGAAGAUCUAUAUCCAGAGUGCCAAGCUCAAUGGGAAGCCCUACACCAAGAGCUGGAUUGGACAUGAGUUCUUUACUCGAGGAAUGACGCUGGAGCUGACACUCGGGGACCAGGAGAGCAAAUGGGGUACACGCAAGGAGGACUUACCUCCGAGUUUGAGCGACUCGGUUGCUGUAGUUGGAGAUCACGAUGGGAUGUAG